AUGUCAACUCAUAGCGACAUAUUUGCUGACAACGCGCCACCUAUCGACAUGGAUCGUCUCUCCUUCGUUACAGACACCGACGCUACCGAAGACGACAUCCUCGGGCCGGGCCGGUCGCUCAACUGCUUGCUCACUUCGUGGGGAUUUCGUUUGGAUCGACUGUUGAUCACCCUCGCACGUCGUAUGGGCUAUGGACCGCAAGAAAGGGUAUCGCGUGCCCUUCGGCAAUGUGCCACCAUGCGUACCCUCCCGAUUCAAUCGUCGUCCUGUAGGCACCAGCACGCGGUCAGCGACGAGCUCGCAGGCAUACCGCACCACGCGAACCUCGACAAGAUGCUGAAGUGGAUCUCUGACGCCCCUUCGCUCCUGUGCACUAUGUGUAGAGACCGUACGGUGAAGGUGCUGGUCGCUCGGUCAUCUGUGCGACGAGCUUGUCAAGAACUGGUUCAUCUUCUAAACGGACCGAACGUCUCGUCUCGCGUCAUAUCCGUUCACUACAUCAUGGCUUUGGUAUCAUUUCACGUUGCGUUCCUGGACCUUUUUGCUUCCCUGAACGCGGUGACAUCGUUGCUACGUUUACGGACUAUUCUUUACCUCGAGCAAGAAUGCGAGAGCGCAUCGCUCGUCUCUUCAUCUCGCCGAGCGCUUGCGUGCCUUACCCAGAGCAGAGUCCUCAAUCAAAUCAAAGAGUUUGACUCUCUCGACGCUUGCAUCACCCUGUCCGGCAAGGAACUCCAUCUCACCCGGGACGAUACGAUAUUUACCGAGUAUAUGGGUCAUCUACGAAGGACAUCCUCCCACAUUAUCGAGUUGACGAGUGACCCGGAUGUGCAAAUACUUGCCAUCACUCGGCUGCGACGCUUCUUCGUCACCUGGACUUCAAUUUGGUUCAAAUCUAGCAUGGUCGACGAGCUUACAUUCGACGUCGUCCAGCGUUGGUGGCGAUGUCUCGGCGAGUGCAAGGAUCACACGCUGCAAGCCGCAUUAACCGACUUUCUCGUAUCGUUAUAUGGUCCCUGGUUCUGGACCGCCCGUCCAGAUACCCUCGAGAUCCUCUUGCGCCCGUUGUUAUGCUUCAGAGCCCAACAUCCCGACCUUUGCGAAGGCGGAGGAGCGGUCCAAGCUGCAGCUCAGACCAUUCAAAUUGGCUUCCGCCGCAACAUACUAUGGCAUCCAGCCCCGCCGAUGCGCGAGGAGCUCAACUCCCUCAAGGAUCGUCUGGAACCCGGUCAGCUGAUGGGCCUAAUGGAUGCUUCGGAUCCCGCUGCGAGCCUCCUUCUAAUAUGGGAGGACCAUCCGUUGGGCGGGCCGUGCCAGAUGUCCUUCAGAGAACGCGCAAUGUCUUCCUUGGAUCUUGAGCGAUGGAUUAACAGGGGCGGGAUCAGGCGUGAGAUCCCACCUGGCGCUCUGGAGGCGAUUUGUAAAAACACCGUCUCCUUGAUUUUAUCAUUGUCUUUUUCGAGCACUAUGAUGAGAGACGUCGAGUUCAUCGCGCCAUUGUGGGAUAAGCGCGUCCGCUUAGCUCUGGCUUCGAGAUUGAAGGCCGCCGCCGCUGAAACUUCGACAGAGGUACCCGAAGUGCUGCAGGAGUGGUUAUCUCGGGACGUGCGGGACGACCUAUUGGAGCUUCGAUGUACGGGAAUUGUCGUCGGAUCCCUGACCGAUUGCGGGAGAAAGCAGCCUAAGGCUCGUGUGUUCACCCUCUGCCCUCAACCUUGA